GAAAAGAAGUUUUAAGUGGAUUUUUAUUUUAGUUUUUUGCUUUCCUUCUUUUGCCUUCUUCAAGUUGUAAAUCGAAGAAACGAAGCAAAAGAAAUUUAUUGUUGAUCGAUGCUGAAAAUUGAUUAAAUAUUUAAAUCCAUUAAAGAUGGAUGAUUUUGAUAAUAUGUCAGAAUUUUCGCCAUUUACAUGGCAGCCAGUUUAUUCAGAUGGAAGCAGCGGUGAACUGAUGGAUUUUAAUUCAGCUAUUGGAGAUCAAUCACAUUUAUCGUCAUCACGUGGAAUGCUUGAAACGAUUGUUGAAGAGACUUCAGAUGAUGAGGAGAAUGGUCUUUACAGUGGCAAUUGGUCGGGAAGUGACAGCUUUAGUUCAGGUUCGUCUGAGACAGGCUCUGUUGUUAGAGUUGAUGUAACUCAUGAUCAAGACAACCAAGAUGCAAUCUCAGAGCGUGAUUUCAUUUGCCCACCAAAACGACGUCGUCAGGAAGUUGAACAAGCAAAACUUGAUUUCAUUCCAACUUCGUCAUUAUUUAGUCAGCUGCUGAAUCCAACUGCGAAUGCAGAGAAUGGAAUUUUCGACAAUUACUUUAUGAAGCAGAAUGACCUUCGUGCCUUAAUGUGCAUUCAAAAUGAAUUAAGUCCGAUGAAGAUUAAUAGCGACAUAACAGACAACGACCACGAUCUGACAUAUUUCCGUCUACAAUUACUUUCACAAUAA